GUUGUAUAUUUAUGAAACGUCGCCUUAUCUUUGAGUUUAUGUAAGAAAAUAUGAUACCAAAGCCCCAGUACGGGCGUUGCUUUUCCAUUACUUGCACAGGCCAUUAGUAGAUAUACAUGACAGCCGUUUUGAUCAUCCUCGUAGUUGCUAGCAAAAAUCCAGACGCAACAAACAAUAACAACAUGCUCCGUAUACCAAAUGCGCGAAAUUCCAGACUCCACGGCGGUAGAAAUGCUGCAUUUUAUCAUGCGUUCCAAACAAUUGAAUUGUACCGCGGAAUGAAUGGUGGAUACAGCAUUGCGAGUUCCCCCGCCGCUGCCCGCCUUGGUUUGAGUUGGCCACCUCCAUUUCAUCAUCGUCCGGUUUUCUCCCCUCGUCAACCCACACUCUCCUCCCCACGGAGCCCACAGCCCCAGGGAAGAAAGCAAACUUAAACACCAGGCGGGCACGAGGACGGGAUGAGUGCAGAGACACGACAGACCCGACGACGACGACGAUCGAGCUGUGGGAAAUGGACGCUGAGGUCUCCUUGGAUAAUGAACAACAGUUCUGGGAUGGUAAGUUUGCACCCCUGCAACGCCGUGCUGCGC